AUCCGCCCAUUGUUAGGCCUUUGGGCCUCACCACCCUCUCCCACUUCCCAUUCCUCCUCCUUUCUCUGUUAACGCAGAGAGAGAGGGAAGGAGAUGGAAGAGGACUCCUCUCGUACUCGAGAAUGCAAGCGGACUUCAGUCACAUACUCUUCUUCUUCGAGCUCAACUGCGCCUUCCAAGAGAAGGAAAGUCAGCUCGCCGCUGGGAGGUGACGGCGACUGGGACAGGGACUGGGAGGCGUUCUCCUCCGUCUCCGAGCUCGCGAGCUGCACCGCUCUGUUGUCGACUGGCUCCGCGGGGAAGGCGAAGGUUGAAGUUAUUUCUCCAGCGGCGGCGUUGUUACUCCGCUCCGGCAGGCUCUGUCCUUCCAGCUUCUGCUCCGACGUUCCUGCCGUGUCGCCUCCUCCUCUCUCGAGCUUCGGCUCCGGCGAGGUCGUGGAGCAGAGAUUCCUCGUCGGAGAUCAACUGGAGGAGGAGGAGGAGGAGGAGGAGGAGGAGAAGAGUUUGGGAACGGAAACCUCUUCUGCUACUACAUGCGCCAUCAACGGCUAUUUCAGUUCUCGCAGCAACACCAGAGAAACCACUCCACCCAGCCACGGUGUCGGUGAGGAAAAGGAGGAUUCCAGGAGGAGAUUAAUGGAGCAGGUGGAGAGGUCGCCCACGGGGAGCAACGACAGGAGGAGUGCAGUGGCAGGGAGGGGGAGGACGAUGAUGCCGAUGCCACCUCAGGCGGAGAUCGAGGAGUUCUUCUCGGCAGCAGAGAAGUACGAGCAGAAGCGUUUCACGGAGAAGUGAGUACAACUACGACGUCGUGAAGGAUGUGCCCCUCGAAGGACAGUACCAGUGGGUUCGCUUGAAGCCCUAGCAGUGACAGAGAGAGAGAGAGAGAGAGAGAGAGAGUACAUACAGAUGGAAGGAAGAGAGAGAAAGAGAUGAUGACGUGUACAUACAUAGAAAAAGCUUCGUUUCGUCUGCAUCUAUCUAUGUUGGCUACGGAAGAAGAAGACGACGGCGGCGGUGGUCUCCCACUCGCCCUUUCUUCACUCUCCUAGUGGUAGCAUUUACCAAACCAACCCAAAAAGUUGUCACCAAAAUGCUAUGACAUCUCCUUCUCGUAUUACUGUUAUCAUCUUCAUACGGGUCUCAAAUGUUCUGAUCAAGCUCCGAUUCUUGGUGCCUCGAAUUGCCGAGGAAGUUUCGAACAUGGGCAUUUAGGGAUACCGACAUGAUAAACAUUAAUUAUCUUCUGUAAUUCAUCGGAUUCUCCAAGAAAAUAUUAGAGGAGCAAUUGAAUUUUGACGAA